UACUUGACAUAUAUUUUAUUUAUUAACUAGGCACUAAAUUAAACAAAUUCACAAGUACUCCAUGGAGGGAAAACUACUCCAUGUGUCAACAUAUUCCUUUGUUUUCCUGCUAUUUCUAAGCUUCAAACAACAUGUUGUUACAAAGGCACAAUCCCCAAACUAUGUAGGAGAUGACUGCCAAAACACCACCCAACAAAAAGCUCUCAGCAGUGCAUACCAGACCAACCUUAACAGUCUCCUCUCAUGGCUCUCCACAGAUGCAGCCACAAGCAAAGGCUACAACCACAACAGCUUUGGCAACAACACCCCUGGAGGAGAUGAUUCUGCUGUGUAUGGCCUCUAUAAUUGCCGCGGCGACGUGGUUGGAUACUUUUGUCAAUUCUGUGUCUCUACUGCUUCAAGAGAAGUUCUCCAGCGCUGCCCCAAUAGAGUAUCUGCUAUUGUGUUGUAUGAUUUCUGCAUCCUGAGGUACUCUAAUGAAAACUUCUUUGGGAAUGUCACGGUGUAUCCAUCAUGGCACGCCGUUCAAUCGAAAAACGUGUCUAGUAAGGAAGAGAUACAAAAGGGUUUGGAUUUUAUGAGAGGUUUGAUCAGAAAAGCAACUGUGGAGACCAAUCUGUUGUACUAUAUGGAUGGCUUCAAUUUGAGUUCCACUCAGAAAAGGUAUGGCUUGGUGCAAUGCAGUAGAGAUCUCACAAGUGAUGGAUGCAGAGAGUGUUUGGAGGCUAUGUUAGCACAAGUUCCCAAAUGUUGUGAACAAAAUUUGGGGUGGCAAGUUUUGGCUGCAAGCUGUCUCAUAAAGUAUGAUGAUUAUAUUUUCUACCUUUUUCGCACUCAAGCAUCUGAUACACAAACAGCCAAAAAAAGGGGUGCUAGUAAGUCAAGAAUAAUAUUGAUCAUUGGAUUAAGUGUGCUGGGGGCAUUAGCUUUACUAUGUUUCAGUGUUUAUUGCUUCUGGUUCAGGAAAAGAUCUAGAAGAGGAAGAGGAAAAGAUGGAAGGAUACCUGAUACCAUUGAUCAAUCAUCAUAUCACAAUGUUCAAACUGAGGAAACACUUAAUGUAGACUUGCCUACAAUCCCAUUAAUCACAAUUCUAAAGAGUACUGAUAACUUUUCAGAAGCAUCUAAGUUAGGGGAAGGUGGAUUUGGCCCUGUUUACAAGGGAACUCUACCAGAUGGAAGACAAAUUGCAGUGAAAAGACUCUCACAAGCUUCUGGUCAAGGCUCAGAGGAGUUCAAGAAUGAAGUGAUGUUUAUAGCCAAAUUGCAACAUUGCAACCUUGUAAGACUUUUGGCAUGCUGCUUGGAGGGAAAUGAAAAGAUACUUGUAUAUGAGUAUUUGUCGAAUGCAAGUCUCGACUUUCACCUAUUUGAUGAGAGAAAGAAAAGGCAACUUGAUUGGAAUCUAAGAUUAAGCAUUAUCAAUGGCAUAGCAAAAGGUCUUUUAUACCUUCAUGAGGACUCUAGACUCAAAGUUAUUCAUAGAGAUCUCAAAGCUAGUAACAUUCUGUUAGAUGAUGAAAUGAAUCCCAAAAUAUCAGAUUUUGGAUUAGCAAGGGCAUUUGAAAAAGGCCAGAACCAGGCAAAUACAAAUCGAGUAAUGGGCACCUAUGGAUACAUGUCUCCAGAGUAUGCUAUGGAAGGAUUGUUUUCAGUGAAAUCUGAUGUCUUCAGCUAUGGAGUUCUUGUUCUAGAAAUCAUUUGUGGGAAAAAGAACAGUGGUUUCUAUCUAUCAGAAUGUGGUCAAAGUCUUACUUUAUAUGCUUGGAAAAUAUGGUGCGCAGGAAAAAGUUUGGAACUAAUGGAUCCAGUGCUGGAGAAAUCUUGCAUUGAGAGUGAAGUUAUGAAGUGCAUACACAUUGGUCUGUUGUGCGUUCAAGAAGAUGCAGCAGAUAGACCAACCAUGUCCACUGUUGUUGUAAUGCUAGCAAGUGACAAAAUGUCCCUUCCAGAACCUAACCAGCCAGCAUUUUCAGUUGGAAGAAUGACCUUAGAGGGUGCAUCUACAUCAAAAAGUUCCAAGAAUCUUUCCAUUAAUGAUGUAACAGUCACUAACAUUUUACCAAGGUAGUGGAAAAGUGUUUAAAGUUACUCCAAGAGUGGAGUAAAGUGUUCAAAGUUACUCCACAUUUUGUCCCUUUAUUUUAUUUAGAUCUAACGGACCAAAUCAUUUAAUUAAGAUGGGUCACAUAAUGAUGCUCACUGAUCUUUACCAAUUCCCCUCACUCCUUCAUAUGCCAUUUGCAACAGCAAUAAAUACUGGCUCACAUAAGCCGAAGCAACAGAUAGAAGGUAAGAAUUGGAAUUUGGAGAACAAUUUGCAAUAUUUGCAUCUUUCCUCUUAAUCCUUUCUCUCAAAACAAGUUGAAAACAGGGUAAACAACGAGGUUCAAUGGUCACUACGACGGGGUUAUUUGUUAAAAGAGUGAGUGACGUGAAUGCAAAAGAAACCCACACUUGCUAUUGCAGUCUGCAAAUGGCACAUGAAGGAGUAAGGGAAUUGGGAAAGACUUAUCACUAAUCAUAUCAUCACGUGACCCAUCUUAAUUAAGUGUCAUGCAAUUCCAAACAACAUCAUCUAGACUUUCUUCAAAAUCCUUGCCAGCCUAGGUAACUAGCCUUGCAUUCUCAGCAAGCUUCUUCUUGUGAUCUUCAGUAAAUAUAUACAACUUCCACCAAGGCAAAGAUGGCUUCCUCCAUCUCAAUGACCUUUUUUCCUUUCUAAGGACUAAUCAUUAUUUUCCGUCUUCCUUGAUUCAGCCAAGGACUUCUUUGUAGCCUUAGCCAAUGCAGCUUCUUCCUUUUUCCUCAGACGGGGUGAAGUAGGUUUUCAUUGGGGUUGAGGUGGGGGAGGAGCAAGAGAUUAAAGUGUAAGGGCUAGUGAAGGUGAGGGUUGAGGGUUUGGAGUCUCAAGCAUCUCAACUUCAGAAUCUUGGUCCUUAAGUGAAGAGAAAGGUUGAGGGGCAAGCCAUUUAAUCUCGAAGAAUGUCUUGUAAUACAACAAUAUUAAAUGAAACCUUAAAUUCAUUAA